AUACUUGAAAAAUAGCGCCACGCCGUUCUCCGGUUCCAGCCUGCAUCCCUAGAGGAAAACUGGACUCCACUCAAAAACACCCUUGAUUUCGUUUCAAAGCGACUUCUUCUUGUUAAGAAGCCGGCAAGAGUAGGAGGAUUUUGAUUUCAAGGAGACAGACAAUUGAAUUAUUACUGCCAAGAACCAAUGGAGGAGUCGGCGGCGGAGCAAAAGGGAAGAAAGAAGGGAUUUCGUCUUGCCAAGAAGUCAUCAAGAAUGAGCGGAGAGAGUUCGACGUCAACGAGAGAAUUGAAUUCUUCUUCUCUAGAAACAAUGGAGACGGAGCAAAAGAAGAAGAAAAGUUUGCCGGUGAUACCAUGGAUGAGAGACCCAGUAGAUAUUAGUCGCUACGACCCACUCCCAGUCGAUUCUCUUCCUUUUCUUGACAGCAGGUUAAAGAAAGCCUUGCAUAAUAUGGGCAUCAGUUCAUUAUUCCCCGUGCAAGUAGCAGUUUGGCAGGAGACGAUUGGCCCUGGCUUUUACCAGCGAGAUCUUUGCAUAAAUUCACCCACGGGGAGUGGGAAGACUCUUGCUUAUGCUUUGCCAAUUGUGCAGAAACUAUCCACUCGUUUUAUUAAGUGCCUUCGAGCUCUGGUGGUGUUGCCCACUCGUGAUUUGGCUUUGCAGGUCAAGGAAGUUUUUGAUGCUUUAGCUCCUGCAGUGGGCUUAUCGGUGGGUUUAGCAGUUGGACAAUCUUCUAUUGCCGAUGAGAUAGCAGAGCUCAUUAGGAAACCUACGCUAGAUGCUGGCAUCUGGUUUGACUCUGAAUAUGUUCCUCCGGAGCUGAGGAGUGCAGUAGACAUACUUGUAGCAACACCAGGAAGAUUGAUGGACCACAUUAACAAUACCAUGGGUUUUACACUUGAGCAUCUUCAUUAUCUAGUAGUUGAUGAAACAGAUCGAUUACUUAGGGAAGCUUAUCAAUCCUGGCUGCCUAAUGUCCUUCAAUUGGCUUACUCUCAGAAUCAAAGCCCAUUUCCCUGUACAGAUGACAUUGUUCCUACGUUUGGUGUACUGAAGACCAUCAGGAGUUUCAGUAGGGGUAAGCCUCAUCCAAGGCUUGCAAAAAUGGUUCUAUCAGCCACUUUAACCCAAGACCCCAGUAAGCUUGCGCAACUUGACCUUCACUAUCCUUUGUACUUAACAACGGGACACAGGCGCUACCAGCUCCCUGAACAUUUGAAAUCCUUUAAAGUGCUAUGUAAAUCAAAGCUUAAACCACUCUAUCUACUUGCACUCUUGGAAACCUUGCAAGGGGAAAAGUGCAUUGUUUUCACAUCAUCUGUAGAUUCAACUCACCGGCUAUGCACCUUGUUAAAUUUCUUUGAUGACCUGCAAAUCAAGAUUAAAGAGUAUUCCCGUCUUCAACGUCAGUCCAUAAGAAGCAAGACAUUGAAGGCAUUUCGGGCAGGAGAAAUACAAGUACUUAUUUCCUCUGAUGCAAUGACUCGUGGAAUGGAUGUUGAAGGGGUAAAGAAUGUAAUCAAUUAUGAUAUGCCUCCAUUUAUUAAGACCUACAUUCACCGGGCCGGUCGAACUGCAAGGGCAGGGCAAAGUGGCCGCUGCUUCACAUUGCUGCACAAAGACGAGGUUAAGCGAUUCAAAAGGCUAUUACAGAAGGCUGACAAUGAUUCUUGUCCAGUUUAUUCUGUUCCAUCAGAAACCAUGGAGUCAUUUCGUUCUGUGUACAGUAGAGCUUUGGAAAGAUUGAAAGAGAGUGUUGAAUCAGAGAAACGCAGUAAAGGCAAGGUUAAGGUGAAUAUCAAGCAUCCUGCUGUUACAAGGAAAAAGGAGAAAGCCUCUUUCAAGGAAGAGGAGUCGCCUAUGAUGAAAUGAUAUAUCCUGCCAAAUCCAUACAAUUUCGAUCAGGACGGCGAACCAUUUGGGUGUGCAACAAUAAUGGGAGAAGAAUGAGUGUGAAUAGUUGUCAAUGUCAAGGAAUCGAGAAGCAUUCAUUUGCCCCAAUUCUGUUGUCAGUAUAUGCUCGAGUUAGGAGCGACUUGGCUAACUUUUCUGUAAACGGGGGAAUGAGUUGAUUCUUUCAACUCGAUAAAAUUGGUAUUCGUAUUAUUAUUGUUAUCGCCAAUUUGUCCGUGACAAUGUGAAUUGUAGGGUGGGGAUGGGCUGAGGUUAUAGGGAUUUUGAUUUUGUAAGAUGGGGAAGAAGGAAAUGAAAAUUGAUUGUUUACAAGUAGGGGUAACAAACAAAACAUUUUUGUCGGAGGUGAUAACAACAGUUCUUCUCGUUAACAUUAGAAUACAUGUGAUUUCCUCUAGAGUUUAAUGGAAGAUUUGAUAUAGAACUCUAAGUUCUUAUUACAUACAUAUA